GGAGUCGGUGGCUGGGCGGGUCACAGGCGGCUGACUCGGCCGCGGAGCGGGAGCGCGCUCGCCAUGUUCUGCGAAAAAGCCAUAGAGCUGGUCCGCGAGCUACACCGCGCGCCCGAAGGCCAGCUGCCCGCUUUCAACGAGGAUGGACUCAGGCAAGUUUUGGAGGAGAUGAAAGCUCUAUAUGAACAAAACCAGUCUGAUGUGAAUGAAGCAAAAUCAGGUGCACGAAGUGAUCUGAUACCAACCAUCAAAUUUCGACACCAUUCGUUGUUAAGAAACCGACGCUGCACUGUAGCAUACUUGUAUGACCGAUUGCUCCGUAUUAGAGCUCUUAGGUGGGAAUACGGCAGUGUCUUGCCAAGUGCAUUGCGAUUUCACAUGUCUUCUGAUGAAAUGGAGUGGUUCAAUCGUUAUAAGAAGUCCCUUGCUACUUAUAUGCGGUCAUUGGGAGGAGAUGAAGGUUUGGACAUUACACAGGAUAUGAAACCUCCAAAAAGCUUAUAUAUUGAAGUGCGAUGUCUGAAAGACUACGGAGAAUUUGAAAUUGAUGAUGGUACUUCAGUCUUACUGAAAAAAAAUAGCCAGCACUUUUUGCCUCGGUGGAAGUGUGAACAGCUGAUUAGACAAGGCGUUCUGGAGCACAUCCUGUCGUGACCUCAUCCCCCACGCUGGGGACCGUAGGAAGCAGGGCAGAACCCUCGGAACAUCUUCCCUCGCCAAGGCCCAGCCCCUUUGCCUUGAAAAGCACAGGCAUGUUUGAAGAUAGCUCAUGUGUGUGAUUGAGUAAUAGUUUAUAUUUCUAUUUUAUAGGUUCAUCCCUCUUUUUUGUAAUAAGCCAUAUUCAUAUCCUAGCAGUAGCUAAAUGUGUUUUUUUAAAUUAAAGGAAACAUAAUAUUUCUCUUCCUUUUUUCCUUCUUAGAAUUUUAAACAUCAUUAUGUAUGAUGAUUUGGUCACAUUCUAAUAUAUAGAAACCCAUUCCUUUUCCACCUUGAUUUUAUUCUUUAGAACUUUGAGAAAAAUAUUGACUGUUGGUAACACCUUACCUUUUCCGAUCUUCAUUGUAAUGCCUUGGUUUUUCUGACUCAAUCUUUCUAUCUUCCUUAGAAAAAAUACCAAAAUCUGUGCCCUCCUUCAGU